AGCCGUUGCCAUCAACUUCAAACAGCCCUUUCGGAGCUUGUCAGCGGUGUGUGUCGCCUGGCUGUGCUGCUUCUCCCUCUGGCCUGACAACUGGAAACAUGCUGUCUUUCGCUUUCAGACGACUCACACGGCCUCUGUGCCAGCGGGCCCCGGUUCGUCUCUGCGUCCGUGGCCAGCAGUCGCAUGCUGCCACCCGUGCAGUAGAUGAAGAUCGUCCCUGGACAGGCCAAGAAAGUCUGGCCCAGGACGACCCUGAGAUGUGGGAUCUGCUCAAGAAGGAGAAGGACAGACAGUGCCGUGGCCUGGAGCUCAUUGCAUCAGAGAAUUUCUGCAGUCGAGCUGCUCUGGAAGCACAGGGCUCGUGUCUGAACAACAAAUACUCUGAAGGCUACCCAGGGAGAAGAUACUACGGUGGAGCAGAAGUGGUCGACCAAAUUGAGCUGCUGUGUCAGAAGCGAGCCCUAGAGGCCUUUGACCUGGACCCAGCUCUGUGGGGUGUGAACGUCCAGCCGUAUUCUGGUUCCCCCGCUAACUUUGCUGUCUACACCGCCGUGCUGAACCCCCAUGACCGCAUUAUGGGACUGGACCUGCCCGACGGAGGACAUCUGACCCACGGCUACAUGUCUGAUGUGAAGAGGAUCUCAGCGACCUCAAUCUAUUUUGAGUCCAUGCCCUACAAGUUAAAUACUGCAACAGGACUCAUAGACUACGACCAGAUGGAAUUGACGGCCAAGCUGUUCCGACCCAAGCUCAUCAUUGCUGGCACUAGUGCCUAUGCUCGCCUCAUUGACUACGCCCGUAUCAAGAAGCUGUGCACCGACAUUAAUGCCUACAUGCUGGCUGACAUGGCACAUAUCAGUGGCCUGGUGGCAGGAAAAGCAAUCCCCUCUCCUUUUGAAUAUGCUGACCUGGUCAGCUCUACCACACAUAAAUCUCUUCGAGGAGCCAGGGCUGGCCUCAUCUUCUACCGUAAAGGUGUUCGAUCGGUGGACAAGAAGGGGAAGCAGAUCAUGUAUGACCUGGAGGACAAGGUCAACUUCUCCGUCUUCCCCUCCCUUCAGGGUGGACCUCAUAACCAUGCCAUUGCUGGUGUGGCUGUGGCACUCAGACAGGCACAGUCUCCCAUGUUCAAGGAGUAUAUCAGACAGGUCCUUAAAAACUCCAAGUCCAUGGCUGCAGCUCUCCUCAGUAAAGGCUACACCCUGGUAUCAGGUGGGACUGAUAACCACCUGGUCCUGGUGGACCUCCGGCCUAAGGGCAUCGACGGGGCUCGUGCAGAGAGGGUACUGGAACUCGUGUCAAUCACAGCCAAUAAGAACACCUGCCCCGGGGACAAGAGCGCCCUGACUCCUGGUGGCCUCCGGCUGGGUGCUCCUGCCCUGACCUCCAGACAGUUCAAAGAAGCCGACUUUGUACAUGUUGUCGAGUUCAUGGAUGAGGGCUUCAAGAUCGCCUUGGAUGUAAAGAAAAAGACAGCUAAGCUCCAGGACUUCAAGAACUUCCUUCUUCAGGACCCAGAGACUGUGGCUCGUAUUGCUGACCUGCGGCACCGCGUCGAAGCUUUUGCCAGGCCCUUCCCCAUGCCAGGCUUCCACGACCAUUAGGAAAGCUAAUAAAGAGUCAGGGGGGGCAUAGUAGCCAGGUGGCAGAAAGCUGGCUGGCCAGAAGCAUGAACAGAGAGGGGAAAAUAUCAUGGCAGUGAAAUGUGGUUGAUGACACACAGCUUCCCUUUUUUUCCAAUGAGAUCUGGGAAACCUAAUCUUUUUUAUACUCCUUCAUCGAUCUAUUCUUGUAAAAAUAUAACCUCAACAUUGAGGUAAAAGAAACAAUAAAAUGUGACAGAUUUUUUAGA